AUGAUAUCUCGAGCGGCGGCUCCUUCGUCUUCCCCCCUCGCGACCCUUUCAUCCCGCUCCCUCCGUCUCCAGGCCCCGGCCGCCCGCUCGUUCGCGACCGUUCAGGACAAUGCACCCCCGGUCAGGCACUAUGGUGGUCUGAAGGAUCAGGACCGUAUCUUCACGAAUCUUUACGGAGCACAUGGCGGAGACUUGAAGUCAGCGCAGAAAUAUGGUGAUUGGUACAAGACCAAGGAGAUUGUAUUGAAGGGCCAUGAUUGGCUCAUCUCAGAACUUAAGGCCUCUGGUCUGCGUGGCCGUGGUGGUGCUGGUUUUCCAUCUGGGUUGAAAUACUCUUUCAUGAACUUCAAGGACUGGGACAAGGACCCUAGACCCCGCUAUCUCGUUGUCAACGCCGAUGAGGGUGAGCCCGGAACCUGCAAGGACCGCGAGAUCAUGCGCAAGGACCCCCACAAGCUCAUCGAGGGCUGUCUCGUUGUCGGCCGUGCCAUGAACGCCAAUGCCGCCUACAUCUACAUUCGUGGCGAAUUCUACCACGAAGCCACCGUCCUUCAACGCGCGAUCAACGAGGCCUACCAGGCUGGUCUUAUCGGAAAGAACGCCUGCGGAACCGGCUACGACUUUGACGUGUACAUCCACCGUGGAAUGGGCGCCUACGUCUGUGGUGAGGAGACUUCUCUCAUCGAGUCCAUUGAGGGCAAGGCCGGCAAGCCCCGUCUUAAGCCUCCGUUCCCCGCCGCCGUCGGUCUUUUCGGAUGCCCCAGCACAGUCACCAACGUCGAGACGGUCGCCGUGACUCCCACCAUCAUGCGCCGAGGAGGUAGCUGGUUCGCCGGGUUUGGUCGUGAGCGCAACGCAGGGACCAAGCUCUUCUGUAUCUCUGGUCACGUAAACAACCCUUGCACCGUGGAGGAGGAGAUGUCCAUUCCUCUUCGUGAGCUGAUCGACAAGCACUGUGGUGGUGUCCGCGGCGGCUGGGACAACCUUCUGGCCGUUAUUCCCGGUGGCUCUUCAACGCCCGUCAUCCCCAAGUCCGUCUGUGACGACCAGCUCAUGGAUUUCGACGCUCUUAAGGACUCCCAGACCGGUCUCGGAACCGCCGCCGUCAUCGUCAUGGACAAGUCUACCGACAUUAUCCGCGCCAUCUCCCGUCUCUCCACCUUCUACAAGCACGAGUCCUGCGGACAGUGCACUCCUUGCCGCGAGGGCAGCAAGUGGACCAUGCAGAUGAUGCAGCGCCUGGAGAAGGGCCAGGCCCGCGAGCGUGAGAUCGACAUGCUGCAGGAACUGACCAAGCAGGUCGAGGGUCACACCAUCUGUGCCCUGGGUGAGGCCUUUGCCUGGCCCAUUCAGGGUCUUAUCCGACACUUCCGCCCCGAGCUGGAAGCCCGCAUCAAGGAGUAUUCACAGGAGCUGAACGGUGAGAGGCCGUUUGCCGGUGGCUGGCACCCCAACAGCCGGGCCGAGGGCAAGCUCAUCUCGCCUGGCAUGUAA